GCUCUCACUUUGAAGCAAACUCGCAAAUUUUCCUAUGCCACCAACACCAAUGGCACCUUCUCCACAAGAAUUCAUCUUCAGAUCUCCGCUUCCCGAUAUUCCCAUUCCCACGCACCUUCCUCUACACUCUUACUGCUUCGAAAACCUCUCUCAAUUCCAACACCGAACAUGCCUCAUCGACGGCGACACAGGCGACACACUCACCUACGCCGAAGUCAACCUCGCCGCCCGCCGCAUCGCCGCCGGCCUCCACAACAUCGGCAUCCGCCAGGGUGACGUCAUCAUGCUCGUCCUCCGCAACUGCCCCCAAUUCGCCCUCGCUUUCCUCGGCGCCUCCCACCGCGGCGCCGUCAUCACCACCGCCAACCCCUUCUACACUCCGCUCGAGCUGGCCAAGCAAGCCACCGCCACCAAAACCAGGCUCGUUAUAACACAAUCCGCGUACGUGGACAAAAUCAAGAGCUUCGCCGACAACACUGACGUCAUGGUCAUGUGCAUCGAUACAUGCCCCCCUGGGGACGAUGGCGUUUUGCAUUUCUCCACGCUAACUGACGCCGACGAAACGGAAGCCCCCGCCGUUAAGAUUAGCCCAGACGACGUCGUCGCGCUUCCGUUUUCUUCCGGCACUUCGGGGCUCCCCAAGGGCGUUAUGUUGUCGCAUAAAAACUUGGUCACCACCAUCGCCCAGUUAGUUGACGGCGAAAACGCGCACCAGUACACUCACAGCGAGGAUGUGCUCCUCUGCGUGCUGCCUAUGUUUCAUAUUUAUGCGCUCAAUUCAAUUUUACUCACCGGGAUUCGAUCCGGUGCGGCCGUUCUCAUUGUGCAGAAGUUUGAGAUGACGACUCUGUUGGAGCUGAUCCAGAAGUACAGGGUAACCGUUGCGUCGUUUGUGCCACCCAUCGUUUUGGCGUUGGUUAAGAGCGGAGAGGCCCACCGAUACGACCUCUCCUCCGUUCGCGCCGUCGUCACCGGCGCCGCACCUUUGGGAAAGGAACUGCAAGAAGCCAUGGAAUCUAGGCUACCACACGCUACUUUCGGACAGGGGUAUGGGAUGACAGAAGCAGGACCACUUGCGAUUAGCAUGGCAUUUGCAAAAGAACCCUCAAAGGUAAAACCUGGUGCAUGCGGAACCGUUGUGAGAAACGCUGAGAUGAAAAUCGUGGACACAGAAACUGGUGUUUCCCUUCCAAGGAACAAAACCGGUGAAAUUUGCAUAAGAGGCACAAAGGUUAUGAAAGGAUAUCUGAACGACCCAGAGGCUACAGAGAGAACCAUAGACAAAGAUGGAUGGCUCCACACAGGUGAUAUUGGUUACAUCGACGAUGAUGACGAACUCUUCAUUGUUGAUAGGUUAAAGGAAUUGAUCAAAUACAAAGGCUUCCAAGUAGCUCCUGCUGAGCUCGAAGCAUUGUUAAUUUCUCAUCCAGACAUCUCUGAAGCUGCCGUUGUGCCCAUGAAAGAUGAAGCUGCCGGAGAAAUUCCUGUUGCAUUUGUCGUAAGAUCAAAAGGUUCUGAGAUCACUGAAGAUGAGAUCAAGAAAUACAUUUCACAACAGGUGGUGUUUUACAAGAGAAUUGGUAGGGUUUUCUUCACAGACUCUAUUCCUAAAGCAGCCUCAGGCAAAAUUCUGAGGAAGGUAUUAACUGCAAGAGUGAACGAAGGUCUGGUGGUGGCAAAUUAGGUCCUUGUGACACACCACAAGUCUUUCUUUUGCGGUUUUUGUUCCCAUUUUCACAUCUCGUUUUCAACAUGUGUUCAAUACAAAUCGUUGUGUUUUAUAAGUUUAUUCAUGUGUAACGUAUGAUGUUGUAUGCAUGUUGUAAAAUUACUGCUGAAUGUAAAAGAAUUCAUUGCGGGGAAAAUAACACCACCUGUGUUAAGAUUUUUUAUAA